AUGCAAGACCGCACAGCAUCGUCCACACCCGUGACGUCCCUGGAGCUGGAGCUUGACCCUCGACCCCAGGACAUAGUCUUGGCCAGGCUAAACAAGCUUUCAAGUCAAGGUUUGUCUGCAGGGGUGGACGACCCAACCCGUCAUCUCGGUCACCUCUCUACAAGACAUUUUCAUUUUUGGGAUGAUGGAAUUACAGCAGCCAGAAAGAGCCAACUUCAGCAGCCAGCAGGAGCCAACUUCAGCAGCCAGCAGGAGCCAACUUCAGCAGCCAGCAGGAGCCAACUUCAGCAGCCAGCAGGAGCCAACUUCAGCAGCCAGCAGGAGCCAGCUUCAGCAGCCAGCAAGAAGCCAGCUUCAGCAGCCAGCAAGAAGCCAGCUUCAGCAGCCAGCAAGAAGCCAGCUUCAGCAGCCAGCAAGAAGCCAGCUUCAGCAGCCAGCAAGAAGCCAGCUUCAGCAGCCAGCAAGAAGCCAGCUUCAGCAGCCAGCAAGAAGCCAGCUUCAGCAGCCAGCAAGAAGCCAGCUUCAGCAGCCAGCAAGAAGCCAGCUUCAGCAGCCAGCAAGAAGCCAGCUUCAGCAGCCAGCAAGAAGCCAGCUUCAGCAGCCAGCAAGAAGCCAGCUUCAGCAGCCAGCAAGAAGCCAGCUUCAGCAGCCAGCAAGAAGCCAGCUUCAGCAGCCAGCAAGAAGCCAGCUUCAGCAGCCAGCAAGAAGCCAGCUUCAGCAGCCAGCAAGAAGCCAGCUUCAGCAGCCAGCAAGAAGCCAGCUUCAGCAGCCAGCAAGAAGCCAGCUUCAGCAGCCAGCAAGAAGCCAGCUUCAGCAGCCAGCAAGAAGCCAGCUUCAGCAGCCAGCAAGAAGCCAGCUUCAGCAGCCAGCAAGAAGCCAGCUUCAGCAGCCAGCAAGAAGCCAGCUUCAGCAGCCAGCAAGAAGCCAGCUUCAGCAGCCAGCAAGAAGCCAGCUUCAGCAGCCAGCAAGAAGCCAGCUUCAGCAGCCAGCAAGAAGCCAGCUUCAGCAGCCAGCAAGAAGCCAGCUUCAGCAGCCAGCAGAGCCAACUUCAGCAGCCAGCAGGAGCCAACUUCAGCAGCCAGCAGGAGCCAACUUCAGCAGCCAGCAGGAGCCAGCUUCAGCAGCCAGCAAGAAGCCAGCUUCAGCAGCCAGCAAGAAGCCAGCUUCAGCAGCCAGCAAGAAGCCAGCUUCAGCAGCCAGCAAGAAGCAGCUUCAGCAGCCAGCAAGAAGCAGCUUCAGCAGCCAGCAAGAAGCAGCUUCAGCAGCCAGCAAGAAGCCAACUUCAGCAGCCAGCAGGAGCCAACUUCAGCAGCCAGCAGGAGCCAACUUCAGCAGCCAGCAGGAGCCAACUUCAGCAGCCAGCAAGAAGCAGCUUCAGCAGCCAGCAAGAAGCAGCUUCAGCAGCCAGCAAGAAGCAGCUUCAGCAGCCAGCAAGAAGCAGCUUCAGCAGCCAGCAAGAGCCAACUUCAGCAACCAGCAAGAGCCAACUUCAGCAACCAGCAAGAGCCAACUUCAGCAGCCAGCAAGAGCCAACUUCAGCAGCCAGCAAGAGCCAACUUCAGCAGCCAGCAAGAGCCAACUUCAGCAACCAGCAAGAGCCAACUUCAGCAACCAGCAAGAGCCAACUUCAGCAACCAGCACUUCAAUUGCCAGAAAGAUGGAACAGGGAACACUAUGGAACUUCAGCAAUCAAUCAAGACUCAAGAUCAAGACUCAAGAUCAAGACUCAAGAUCAAGACUCAAGAUCAAGACUCAAGAUCAAGACUCAAGAUCAAGACUCAAGAUCAAGACUCAAGAUCAAGACUCAAGAUCAAGACUCAAGAUCAAGACUCAAGAUCAAGACUCAAGAUCAAGACUCAAGAUCAAGACUCAAGAUCAAGACUCAAGAUCAAGACUCAAGAUCAAGACUCAAGAUCAAGACUCAAGAUCAAGACUCAAGAUCAAGACUCAAGAUCAAGACUCAAGAUCAAGACUCAAGAUCAAGACUCAAGAUCAAGACUCAAGAUCAAGACUCAAGAUCAAGACUCAAGAUCAAGACUCAAGAUCAAGACUCAAGAUCAAGACUCAAGAUCAAGACUCAAGAUCAAGACUCAAGAUCAAGACUCAAGAUCAAGACUCAAGAUCAAGACUCAAGAUCAAGACUCAAGAUCAAGACUCAAGAUCAAGACUCAAGAUCAAGACUCAAGAUCAAGACUCAAGAUCAAGACUCAAGAUCAAGACUCAAGAUCAAGACUCAAGAUCAAGACUCAAGAUCAAGACUCAAGAUCAAGACUCAAGAUCAAGACUCAAGAUCAAGACUCAAGACUCAAGACUCAAGAUCAAGACUCAAGAUCAAGACUCAAGAUCAAGACUCAAGAUCAAGACUCAAGAUCAAGACUCAAGAUCAAGUAA